AUGGUUAAAGUCUUGCUUGCAGUUUCUUCAUAUCACGGUCCAUUUUACCCAAACGGCGAUCACACUGGUUUAUACGCCUCUGAGGCAAUUGAGCCAUUUUUGGAAUUAGCACAAAAGGGUUACGACAUUACAAUUGCCUCAGAAACUGGUGAAUUUGAAUACGACCCACAUUCUUUAACAGACGACGCAUUACAAGGAAAAGUCAAAGAGGUUUACGAGAACAAAGACUCAGCAUUUAAUACCGCUUUGAAAAAUAUCAAAAAGGCCGCUGAUGUAGUUGAUGAAAAGUUUCAUUUAUUCUUUGCUAGUGCUGGUCAUGCAACAUUAUUUGAUUAUCCAAAUGCCAAAAACUUACAAAAGAUUUUACUCAAUACUUAUUUGAAUGGAGGAGUUGUUGCUGCUGUAUGUCAUGGACCAGCAAUUUUCGAUAAUCUCGAGAAUCCAGAAACUAAGGAGCCAUUGAUCAAAGGUAAGAAAGUCACUGGUUUCACUGAUAAAGGGGAAGAAGAAUUGGGUUUGGUCAAUACAAUCAAGAAGCAUGAUUUAUCCACCAUAAAACAAAUUGCUGAAAAGGAAGGUGCUACUUAUGUUGAGCCAAAGGGUCCUUGGGAUGCAUUUGCUGUUGUUGAUGGAAAGAUCGUCACUGGUGUCAAUCCACAAUCGGCAUUUGCAACUGUUAGAGAUGCUAUUGUCGCUCUCGAAUCGGUUAAUAGCUAA